UAUGUUAUCUUAGAAAUUCAUUUCAGAUAGCCCUGCAAAAAAAAGAGAUGAAAACGAUGAAUAGGAUUACCUAUUUGAAUAGUUAGAUUAAAUCAACAAACGUAUAUAUAAUUACCAACAAUUGAUAAAAUAAAAGAUUAAUGUAUUGCUUGGAAAUAAUACUAUGAAAUCAAUUGAUUAUGACAGUCUUCAAAAAUAAUUAUCAGAUCUUAGAUUAGAAGAGCAAAAGUAAUUAUUAAUAUUAUAAAAUAGCUAUUCUUAAAUCUAAUUAGAUAUUGAUAGAUAGUAAAGCUAAGUGUUUGAUUAUUAUGAAUCUGAAUUUAAUAAGCUUAAAAGUUUAUAUGAAACUAUUAAUAAAGAGCAUUAAGGAUUUAUUAAAUAAAAAUAAUCAGCUAACGAAUUAUAUUGUUAAAUGAUAGAAACUAAACAAAUAUUAUAAGAGGACUUAAACACUCAUUUAUUACAAAGAGCAGAGUUAGUAGGAUAAAAAGAAGAAUUGGAAGAAUUUGUUGAAUAAAUUAAGAAUUAAAAUGAAUAAUUAUUUAUGAUUUCUUAGAUGUACUUUACAAAUUGUAAAAAACAUUAAGAAAAUGGAAAUUAGAUAGCAAUAUAAGAUAAAGAGAUUAAACUCUUAUAAUAAUAGAGAGAAGAAAAGUAAUAAUAAUUAGGAUUGUAACAUUAAGCUACAUUAUUAGAAGUUCAAUUACAUUAAGCUAAUUAAAAAAUUAAGGUUUAAAGAAAUAAAAUUAUUCCAUUACAUAAAAGUUUAAAUUUAGCUCAUCCAGACAAUUUAUUUUAAGAAUUUUUAUAAUAGAAUGAUGUGUAAUCAAUUGAUUAAAGUGAUUUUAAUACUAAAUUGACACAUUAUCUUUAAUUAUUUAGAAAUAAUUUAUUUAAGAAUUCAAAUUAAGGCACUAAUUGGGCAAGCAUGAAGGAAUUCAUUACAUAAUUAGAAUAAUUUAUAAUAGUUUCAAUGCAAUAGAAAUUAAUAUAAAAUUAAUUAUAGGAAAUGAAAUAAACACUAAGAUAAUAUGGAGAGGAACUAUAGAUUUAGAAUAAUAUAUCAGAAAUUGAUAAUUAAAUUCAGAUGAAAAGAUUAAUGAUUAAAGAUUUUGAAGAGUAAUAAGAACAAUUCAAAAUAAAUGAGUAAAUGUAUUUUUUCAAACUUAAGAAAGUGCUUAAGAUUAAUUCCAUAGUAUGAUAGAGUAGUCUGCCUUAGAAGCUUAUGAUAUGUACAAAACUAUGAAUAAAGAAUAGUUAUAAUAAAUGAAAGAGCAUUAAGAUUAUGAUAAGAUGCUUGUCAGUAUUUAAUAAGAAAUAACUUAGUUGAUAUAAGAUAAGGAAAAUGUAUUAAUUUAAUUUUAAUAAUAGAUGCAAUUUAUUAAUAUUAUGAAAUUGAUUGAAAAAUAUGAGAGUUCUGAAUAGGCAAUAAAUACAAAUAUAUUUAUGGUUGAUCAAUAGAUAUUACCUUAAUUCAAAUAAGUUGUUUAAUAAUUAAGUAAAUUGAAAAGAGAGAUUGAACAUUUGAAUUAAAAUGAAAAACAUUAUCUAGAAAGAACUAGUAAAAUAGAAUAGGAAAUUUAGUAUAUGGAAUAGGAAUUUAAAAAGAAAAUGGAUUAAUUUUAAAAACAAGAAAAUGAAAUAAAUAAUAAGGUUUUUGAAAUAAAAUAAUAAAUAUAAAUGGUUUAAGAUUAAAUGAUUAAUAAGAUAAAACCAAAUAAAGCUUAAUUAGAAUAGGAAAUAUUGUAAAUGAAUAAUUAACUAUCUUAAUUGUAGGAAUAAAAAUACAAUUUAGAAUAGAUAAUAUCCAAUCUCAAUUUAAAUGGUAUAAACAAAAGUCCAAGUAGAAGAAGUGUAUUAUCAAUUUCUAAAUCUUUGAAUUAACUAGCCAAACUAAAAUCAAACAUAACACCAAUAAAAUAGAUGAAAUAAUCAACUGCAUUAAAAACAAAUUCAUCAUUAAAAUCCAUUAAAUGA